UGUGACCUCACGUCCUUUAAGAGAAGCAGUGCAGCUCAAGUCGGGACUUCUGUCCACUUUUUGGUGAAUAUCAGCGCCGUGAUCAUGGGUUUCGAGAGGAAAAUGCUCACAUACGGCGACCCCGACGACGAGGAGGAAGAUGCGCCUGCGGAAGAAGAAGAAGAGGAAGAGGAAGAUAUGGUGGACCCUUUAGAAACAAUACGAACCAAGUGUGAACAAAGUGAACACUGUGUGCACUACAAGGAACGUCUGGAGACCUGCGAAGCCCGAGUCGGCUCCAAGUCCAGUACCGAGGAGGACUGCACUGAAGAACUGUUUGACUUCCUGCAUGCACGGGACCAUUGUGUAGCUCACAAGCUGUUCCACAAUGUGAAAUGACCUGCCCACCCAGUUCCCACCACUUGCAGCUGUAGUAUCUAUUUAACUUCUAAAAUGGUAAAAUAAUUAGAACAGUUCUGAAGUCUGUUAUUGUUCUUCUGUGUAUUAAUGUAAAUGAAUUCUCUCAGACUCCUGGACUUAACACAUGCCACUAUUUUCAGACAGUCUUAAGCAGUUUGUAAAUUGCGUGUCGCUGCUUGUUUGGCUGAUAAGUGCAAGUUGUUUAAGGUUAUACAUAGAAACGGCUCAGAUUAUCAGUCUUCCUGUGAUCAGUUCAUGUGAAAAGAACAAGUACUCCUCUUCCAGUAAUGCAGCAAUUACCUCAGGUUUGGGUAUUGAUAUCUCACUUGAACCGUAAAAUACAUUUUCUUUGGUUU